CCCUUCCUCCCUCCCGCCCCGCCCGGCCCACGAGCGCGGUUAGAGCUUGCGGAAAGGAGCCGCGGAGCCGCCGCCCGCAGUCCCAGACGCUCCGGCGCCGGGACAGAGCACCUCCGCACCAUUCUCGCUGCGCCCUCACCCGUUCGGCAAGAUGUCUGUGAAGGAAGGGGCACAGCGCAAGUGGGCGGCCCUGAAGGAGAAGCUGGGGCCGCAAGACUCAGACCCCACAGAGGCCAACCUGGAGAGUGCAGAGCCUGAGCUGUGCAUCCGGCUGCUGCAGAUGCCCUCCGUGGUCAACUACUCAGGCCUGCGCAAGCGCCUGGAGAGCAGCGAUGGCGGCUGGAUGGUGCAGUUCCUGGAGCAGAGCGGCCUGGACCUGCUGUUGGAGGCGCUGGCACGCCUGUCGGGGCGCGGUGUGGCCCGAAUUGCAGAUGCCCUGCUGCAGCUCACCUGCAUCAGCUGUGUGCGUGCGGUCAUGAACUCACAGCAGGGCAUCGAAUACAUCCUCAGCAACCAGGGUUAUGUGCGCCAGCUCUCCCAGGCCCUGGAUACAUCCAACGUGAUGGUGAAGAAGCAGGUGUUUGAGCUGCUGGCUGCUCUGUGCAUCUAUUCACCCGAGGGCCACGCACUGACCCUGGACGCCCUGGACCACUACAAGGUGGUGUGCAGCCAGCAGUACCGCUUCAGCGUCAUCAUGAAUGAGCUCUCGGACAGCGACAACGUGCCCUACGUGGUUACCCUGCUCAGUGUGAUCAACGCCAUCAUCCUGGGUCCUGAGGAUCUCCGCACCCGUGCCCAGCUGCGGAGCGAGUUCAUCGGACUACAGCUGCUAGAUAUUCUGACCCGGCUACGGGACUUAGAGGACGCUGAUCUCCUGAUCCAGCUGGAAGCCUUUGAGGAGGCCAAAGCAGAGGAUGAGGAGGAACUUCAGCGUGUUUGCGAUGGUGUCAACAUGAACAGCCACCAGGAAGUCUUUGCCUCCCUGUUCCACAAGGUGAGCUGUUCCCCGGCAUCAGCCCAGCUGCUGUCAGUGCUGCAGGGUCUCAUGCACCUGGAGCCUGCCGGCCGCCCGGGCCAACUGCUCUGGGAGGCCCUGGAGAACCUGGUGAACCGGGCUGUGCUCCUGGCCAGUGAUGCCCAGGCUUGCACCCUGGAGGAGGUAGUUGAGCGACUGCUGUCUGUCAAAGGGCGACCCCGACCAAGCCCCCUGGAAAAGGCCCACAAGAGUGUCCAAGCCAACCUAGGCCAGAAGCAGGACAGUUCCUCCCAAAACACUACUGCUCCCACAGCUAGUGGGGAAGGCCAGCAGCCAGCAGUGGCCUUUGCCUGCCAACAUGUGGGCAGCAUCCAGACCUCCAGCUGUGACAUAGCUCCACAGCCAGUGGUCCUCGAGCAGCGGAUAGCAGCCUCACCUCUACCUACCCCACCACUCUCCAGCUCUACCCCCGUGCUCCCGCCACCCCCACCCCCUCUGCCAGGCCCAGGGGCCACCUCUCCCCCAGCACCCCCUCCACCCCCACCCUUGCCACCCCCUUUGCCAGGCUCAGGGACCAUCUUUCCCCCUGCACCCCCACCCCCACCUCCCCUACCAGGCUCAAGGGCUGCAUCUGCCCCAGCACCUCCGCCACCUCCACCUCUGCCUGACUCCUCCAGGACCCCGCCCCCACCCCCGCUCCCUGGCAUGGGGUACCCACCUCCGCCCCCUCCCCCUCCCCCACUGCCUGGAACAGGCUGGACUCCUCCACCUCCUCCCCUGCCUGGUUCAUCGGUCCCCCCCAUGAUGGGUGGUGUGGAAGAGGUCAUUGUGGCCCACGUGGACCACAGCCUGGGCUCAGCCUGGGUCCCCAGUCACCGCAGGGUGAAUCCACCCACCGUGCGAAUGAAGAAGCUGAACUGGCAAAAGCUGCCGUCCAAUGUGGCACGAGAGCGCAACUCCAUGUGGGCCACACUGAGCAGCCCCUGCACAGAGGUGGUGGAACCCGACUUCUCCAGCAUUGAGCAGCUGUUCUCCUUCCCCACGGCUAAGCCCAAGGAGCCCUCUGCUGCCCCCACCAGGAAGGAACCCAAAGAGGUCACUUUUCUGGACUCCAAAAAGAGCCUGAACCUGAACAUCUUCCUGAAGCAAUUUAAAUGCUCCAAUGAAGAAGUCACCAGCAUGAUCCGGGCUGGUGACACAACCAAGUUUGAUGUGGAGGUUCUCAAACAGCUCCUAAAGCUCCUCCCAGAGAAGCACGAGAUCGAGAACCUGCGGGCAUUCACUGAGGAGCGGGCCAGACUGGCCAACGCUGACCAGUUCUACAUUCUCCUCCUGGACAUUCCCUGCUACCAGCUUCGGGUGGAGUGCAUGAUGCUGUGCGAGGGCACGGCCAUCGUCCUGGACAUGGUGCGGCCCAAGGCCCAGCUGGUACUCACCGCCUGUGAGAGCCUGCUCACCAGCCAGCGGCUGCCUGUCUUCUGCCAGCUGAUCCUCAAGAUUGGGAAUUUCCUCAACUAUGGCAGCCAUACGGGAGAUGCAGAUGGUUUCAAGAUUAGCACGUUGCUGAAGCUCACAGAGACCAAGUCCCAGCAGAGUCGCGUGACCCUGCUCCACCACGUGCUGGAGGAAGUGGAGAAGACCCACCCGGACCUCCUACAGCUCUCCCAGGACCUGGAGCCACCGUCUCAAGCUGCAGGAAUCAACUUGGAGAUCAUCCGCUCAGAGGCCACUGCCAACCUGAAGAAGCUUCUAGAAAUAGAGCGGAAGGUGUCCACCUCAGUCCCAGAGGUGCAAAAGCAGUAUGCUGAGCGCCUCCAGGGCAGCAUUGAGGCCUCUCAGGCACUAGACAAGGUGUUUGAGGCCAUUGAGCAAAAGAAGCUGGAGCUGGCUGACUACCUGUGCGAAGACCCCCACAAGCUGUCUCUCGAGGACACAUUCAACACCAUGAAGACCUUCCGAGACCUCUUCACCCGCGCCCUGAAGGAGAACAAGGACCGGAAGGAGCAGAUGGCGAAGGCAGAGAGGAGGAAACAGCAGCUGGCAGAGGAGGAGGCACGGAGGCCGAGGGGCGAGGACGGGAAGCCUGUCAGGAAGGGUCCUGGAAAGCAGGAAGAGGUGUGUGUCAUUGAUGCCCUGCUGGCAGACAUCAGGAAGGGCUUUCAGCUACGGAAGACUGCCCGGGGCCGAGGAGACGCCGAAGCAGGCAGCAGAGCGGCUCCAGCAGAUCCUCCAAAGGCCACAGAGCCUGCAACUGCCAGCAAUCCUAUACAAGGCACAGACCACCCUGCCUCAGAGCCAAGCUCGGAUACCACAGCAGCUGGCGAGCCACAGGGCUGGGACCUUGUGGACGCUGUAACCCCCAGUUCCCAGCCCUCCAAGGAGGAAGGUGGCCCCCCAGACCUAGAGAGGCGUUCUUCCUGGUAUGUGGAUGCCAGCGACUUCCUGGCUCCUGAAGAUACCCUGAAAGCCCAGCCCUGUGAGGGCGUCUGGCCAGUGACUCUGGGAGAUGAUCAGGCCCUGAAGCCCCUUGAGUUCUCUAGCAAUAAUCCUCCUGGAUUUGAGAGCUCACACCAGGACGCUAGGGAUCGUGAAGCCUCGAGGGAUGUCCACCAAGCCAAGGCUGACAGUACAAGUGACGGGCCAGAGGAUGCCACCGAGCGAGGCCACAGCCCCCUGCUCCCCCACACAGGCCCUGGAGAGGAUGAGGACACUCCGGAAUCUGCACUUGACACGUCCCUGGACAGGUCCUUUUCCGAGGACGCAGUGACAGAUUCCUCAGGGUCCGGCACCCUCCCCAGGGGCCGAGGCCGGGUCUCAAAGGGGAUGAGCAAGCGAAGGAAGAAGCGUCCCUCAAGGAACCAAGAAGGCCUCAGGUCCAGGUCCAAAGCCAAGUGAGUGUCGGCGGCGGCUCAGCACAGCAGCGGGUGCUGGGUGUGCCGCCUGGAGAGGCUCUUCGGAGCCGGGCUGGGACUGGGCCCCCGGGAAACUGAAACUCCGUGCCUUACCCAGCCAGGAUUCUUGGGAGCCUCUGCCAUUGAUGCUAGGACCUGGCCUGGCAUCACCCUGGACCACCUGCACGCUCGUAGCCUCACCAUCUGCUUUGCAAACCACUACCCACCCUGUCGCAUGCACCAUGGGGGUGGGAGGGAGGCUCCUGUCUGGCUCUAGGAAGAGAGAGGUGCAGGCACCUGUAAUGGACUAAAACACCCCCGCUCUGCCUCGGUGGCUCAGUUGAUUUUUAGCUGAGCACCAUUUUCUGCAUCUUUAUUCUGCUGUGGCUGAGUUGGGAAUAGUGACAGCCGACAGCCGAGGAAAGUUUGUUGGAAGUGCUGUGGGUAGUUCCUGGCUGGUUAGGCCCCAGGGAACAACAACAACAAAAAAAUUUCAUCUGAACAAUGGGUGGUGACCACAGCAUCUGCCAUCUCCCUUGGUGUCUGCCAGCAGGGAACGGGCUACCCCUGCUCAGACCCUCUGUCCCCAUUCUCAGGUGUGCACUGUUGAGUCUGCAGGCCAGCAGGGAUUUUAACCAAUAAAGUGCACCCGUGUCUGUCA